CGCGGCUCCGCCCGCCCCUCGCCGGCCCCUCCCCGGCCCCGGCGGAGCCGCCGCCGUUUCCGGAGCGCUCGGCGCGGGGCCCGGGGCUGUCGCGGGCAGGAAAUGACCUAGAGGCCUUACAAAUACAUUUGUGCAUUUUUGUUCUGAGUCUGCAAUUGAGGGCAAACGCAGUCUGGAAGCACCACUUCUUAAAGUUACAACGGAAACAACUACCUCAACAAACAGGGAAAGGGGAAGAAGGCUUGCAAUAACAAACACUCUAGUUUUUAAUAGCUUAUAUUUGCAAAGUCUUCUCUAAACAGUCCAGAUUUUUUCCCCCCUCCAAUAUUAAGAAGAGACACUACAAGUAAACUGAGUUGGCAGACUGGAUCUGUCAAGACAUUUGAAGAUAUUUGAUCUGCUGACGUAAGGAUUUGCUUUUUCAAGGAAAGAGCCUCUGCACUGCUUUUAUAAUCGCUGUUGAUCGGUGGUUUACUCCACUUUUGCUGAUACCUAUUAAUGGGAGAAUUGUAUUAAGGUAUUGCUUCUAAAACUGUUAUUUGCAUUGACAGAAUUAACUUUUGUAGAUGCAACAGCAACGGACAAUGUUACACUCGUGAAGAACUUGUAAGCGAUCACUUCUCUGCUCCAGUUGGCUUUUCUGCCUGCGGAGGGGAUACCACACAAGAGACAGAGCAUUAUUAAGAUACUUGGGCUUGCUUUUUGAGUACAGUUUAUAACUGCAGCAGGGCUGCACUGAACAUUGAAAACACAGAGUCAGCAAAUCUGCUGCUGUUCCCACUGCUGAUACAGAUUAUACAGACGCUUGCCUUUCUGAAAUGCCUUUUGUGAAACCUAUGUACACAGUCCUGCGCUGUAACUGUACAUAGAUACCCGAGGAAGGAAUUUGACAAGUGAUUGUUAAUUCAAGAGCUCUCUGGACAAGCACUCACUUAUGUAUUGCUGCAGUGCACAAGAAAGCAAAAUGGACUAUAAGCGGCGCUUUUUGCUUGGCGGGUCCAAGCAGAAAGUGCAGCAACACCAGCAGUAUCAAAUGCCCGAGCUGGGCAGGACCCUGAGCGCCCCGCUGGCAUCGGCCACCCCCAGCACCCCCCUGGUGUCCCCGGCUGCUGCGGGCGGCUGCUCCCACCCCGCCUCCCACACGACGCCGAUCGCAGACAUCCAGCAGGGAAUCUCCAAAUACCUGGAUGCACUCAACGUCUUUUGCCGUACGAGCACUUUCCUUACAGACCUUUUCAGCAGCGUGUUCAGGAACUCGCACUACUCUAAGGCAGCUAUGCAACUGAAAGACGUGCAGGAACAUGUCAUGGAAGCGGCGAGUCGACUCACAGCAGCAAUAAAACCAGAAAUAGCAAAAAUGCUGAUGGAACUGAGUGCAGGAGCUGCAAACUUCAAAGAUCAAAAAGAGUUCAGCCUACAAGAUAUUGAGGUACUUGGGCGAUGUUUCUUGACAGUGAUGCAGGUCCACUUCCAGUUCCUGUCGCAAGCUUUGCAGAAAGUCCAGCCAGUGGCACACUCCUGCUUUGCUGAAGCUGUAGCUCAGGAGAGGAAGAACGUUAGUGGGACUGGAGCCUCAAAUAUAAGCCCCACAAAUGAGCUGGAAGAUGCAAUAAGAUCAUGGAGAGGAGCAGCAGAGGCCACAUCUCGACUGCGAGAAAGAGGCUGUGAUGGAUGUUUGGCAGGAAUUGAAGUUCAGCAGCUUUUCUGCUCACAGAGCGUGGCCAUCCCUGAACAUCAGCUCAAAGAGCUAAACAUGAAAAUUGACAGUGCUUUGCAGGCUUACAAAGUGGCUCUGGAGAGCUUGGGUCAUUGUGAAUAUGCGAUGAAGGCUGGCUUCCACUUGAACCCAAAAGCAAUUGAAGCAAGUCUUCAGGGCUGUUGCAGUGAAGCUGAAGCUCAGCAAACAGGAAGGAGACAGACUCCACCUCAGCCCAUUCAGUGUGAGCUGCCCACUGUCCCUGUCCAGAUCGGAUCCCAUUUUCUGAAAGGAAUCUCCUUCAAUGAGUCUGCAGCAGAAAACCUGAAGCUGAAAACGCACACAAUGCUGCAGUUGAUCAAGGAAGCUGGAUGCCAUAAUGGACUCACACCCCGGGACGACUCUCCCGUGACUGAAGUGCUGAACCAGGUCUGCCCUUCCACGUGGAGAGGAGCUUGCAAAACUGCUGUGCAGCUGUUGUUUGGCCAGGCUGGACUGGUGGUUGUGGACACUGCACAGAUUGAAAAUAAAGAAGCCUAUGCUCCUCAGAUAAGUUUAGAAGGAUCAAGAAUUGUGGUGCAAGUUCCAUCAACAUGGUGUCUGAAAGAAGAUCCAGCAACAAUGUCUUUGCUACAGAGGAGUCUGGAUCCGGAGAAGACUUUGGGGCUGGUAGAUGUGCUGUAUACUGCUGUGUUUGAUACACACAGGUGGAAGGAAGGAAGAGAGCAAGCUUUGCCUUGUAUUCAGAUCCAGUUACAGCGUGAAAUCUCAGAAUUUGGGAGCCAAGUUGACAUGCCAUCGGGGAAUGGGAGCAAAUCUUCAGGGGGUCUGCAAAAGACAUUCUCAAAAUUGACUUCACGGUUUACAAAAAAAACUUCCUGCACUAGUACAAGUAACACAGGAAGUUACUCAAUCCCCAGUACACCUUCCAAAAACGUCUUCAUAAGUUCCAGCUCAGAGGAGAAAGCUAAAAUGCCCACUAACAUGGACGCACGGUUGCAGAACCUCCUGAACAUUGGGAACUUCCCUCGGAGCGCAGAGGCCCUGCAGCCGGUGCAGAGCACAAAUAACCAGCUCGUCAAUGGGUUUCUAGUGGAAAGACGGGACAGCUUCUUCAAACCAGAUGAUGGCAAGGAUGACAAAGGUAUGAAUUUACCAACUGACCAAGAAAUGCAAGAUGUUAUAGAUUUCUUGUCUGGUUUUAACAUGGGCAAAUCCCAGCAGACUUCUCCGAUGGUGAAAAGAAGGAACUCUGUUGCAUCCUCUACAGCAACAGAACAAAAGUCAGGAGCAGUUCAACAGCAGCCGCAGUCUGUGUCUCACACCCCACUGCAUCCUCCUCAGCAAGGCUUGUCCCAGCAGCAGUCCCAAAAGCAGCAAAUGCAGUAUUACCAACACUUGCUUCAACCUAUUGGACCACAGCAACGUGUACCUGCCAAAUGGCUCAGUAAUUCCUCACAGCAGCAAGCUCCGGCUGUUGGAGCUGGAUUGUCUCAUAUAAAUCAGUGGAACAAUCCUGGUUUUUCAGAUUUAAGCUCUGAUUUGUACAGCUUGGGUCUUGUGAGCAGCUAUAUGGACAAUAUGAUGGCAGAGAUGUUAGGACAGAAACCACAAGGACCUAGAAACAACACAUGGCCAAAUCGUGACCAAACUGAUGGAGUGUUUGGGAUGUUGGGAGAAAUCCUGCCUUUUGACCCUGCAGUUGGCUCCGACCCCGAGUUUGCCCGCUAUGUUGCUGGGGUGAACCAGGCUAUGCAACAGAAGAGGCAAGCACAGCACGUCCGUCGUCCCAGCACCGCGCGUGGCAACUGGCCUCUUCCCGAUGAUCCUCAUAAAACCUGGCCCUUUCCCGAGUAUUUCACAGAGGGUGAUGUGACAAACAGCUGGUCUGGUACUCAAGGAGACUCUGCCAGCUCAAGUGAUGAGACCUCCUCAGCUAACGGAGACAGUUUGUUCUCCAUGUUCUCAGGGCCAGACCUUGUUGCUGCUGUAAAGCAGAGGAGAAAACACAGCAGUGGUGAACAGGAACCCAGCACGCUGCCAUCGCCCCCGCUCCUCUCUGCAGCAGAUGACCGCAGUCAGGAUAACAAGACCAAAACCUGGCCUCCCAAGGCCCCGUGGCAGCACACAUCCUCGGUGCCGAGCACGCUGCCCAGCCAGAGCGCGGCCCUGUACCCCAUGAGCAGCUCCGUGAGCCAGUGGAGCGACACCAUGCAGAUGCUCCAGUCGCCCAUGUGGGCCAGCGACUGCGCCCCGGCAGCCGGCCUCCCCUCCAGCUUCGCCUACGCGCAGCAGCAGCAGCAAUCCCAACAGGCUUCCCAGCACAAACAGAUGAACAAGGGCUUUAAAUCGUUCCCAGUAAAGCACGAACGCAGACCAUCUUACCUGCACCAGUACUAACUGCUCUUUGUACUGGAAAAUGCAGCACAGGGCCAAAUGAAAAUUACGUUACUUUGAUUCACAGUGCUGUGUUGGCUAUAUCCUGUUUCUCUCUUGGUGUGGGAUUGAGGGGGUUUGGGUGACAUAGACAAACUCUCGGAUUCUGAGUUACAGUGCUGAGCAAAAAUGGCCAAUAUGUUUGGUGUACAUGAAACAGCCCAAAACUGUGAUGUAGAAAUGCUUUUAAAAUGUGUAGUUGCCUUUACUUUCAAGACAUUUUUUUUUUUUCUAAAAAGAACUGCUGAAGGACUACCAUACAAGAAACACUGUAUUUUAUAGCUAUCUUUCAUAUAGAUUUAUAGUUAAAACAUCUUACUGAAACACAUUGAAUAUGUUGAAGCAAAUAUAUAGUGGUCACUUUGCUCAACACUGUGUUUAAA